CGCCAAGGUCCAGCGCUGCUUGGAUCUUUUUCUUGUUGCUGGUUGCAACGAGACGAUCGGUCUCGAGUGAAGCGCGCUGACUCACGAAACUGAGUGGACGCGCAGAGUUAUUAAGCGGCUGAUCGAUCGAUAGCUGGAUGACACGCGGCCGAAUCACGAUUCCGCCGCGAAAGCUGAACAACGCUGGACGACUAGGUAGACCGUCUGACCGAAGUAAACGGAACGAAGCCGCAAAGAUGUGUGUGCACGGUAUUCACACGUAUGUAGAUACACGCGUGUAUGCAGAGAAUCAUGGAACCCUUCGAUACACGCUUCUGCCGGCUACGGCUGUUGAGCAUGGGCGCCACGACCACGACCAAGGCACCCACGUGUACGUGCAUUUCACCAGGGCUGUACCAAUCGUCAAACUACCCGCUGUGAUCCGCCAUUGGCUGUUAUCGAACGAUUGGUAGGAGGAACGGUCACGUUGCCACGAUACUGAAAGCCUGAAAGAUAUUGACACGUUAAUUUCUUCUUUUCACUGGCAAACUAGAUGGAUUGUUGCUGAAAUUUCUGUUAAUUGGUCUUCAAUGUGAUCUUUAGUCUUUA